AUGUCCUCUGAAGAUGAAAUGUUGAGUAGAAUGUGGUUGAACGAGUUGAACGAGUAUAGAGCCAACAUGCUGAAGGAGUAUAGAAAAAUGCUGAAGAAAGCUAUGAUGGCCAGGCUAUUACGAUUACGAUCAUUGAAGGAGGUGACAAUUGAUGUUGACCACCAUGAUGAAUCUUUUGUACUGAUACAAUACGGGAUAAUUAUGGGGCAGGAUGAUAUUGAAACUGGACAUCCUUAUUCCUUGCUCUUUGGUUAUGAAGGUGAAGUUUUUAUGUCAAAAUGGGGCAGCCAUAGUCUUAAAUGUGAUCCUGAGACUGAACAACAUGAAGAUUUGGAUAUAAAGAAUCCAAUAAGUUUAGAUCCUUGCGAAGAAAGUUUAGUUUUACUGGAGGAAUGCAUAUUGCUUGCUCAGGAGGAUGAUUCAUGA